AUUCUCUCUCUAUUCUCUGUCUGUCUCUCUCACGACUCUCUCUUGAUUUCUCUCUGUUUCUCUCUAAUCUCAAUGUUGCUUUUGCUCUUUGUCCUUUCCCUUUCAUAAUUAUGCUCAUUUUUCAAUGAGUUCAUGAUGCAAUAGAUGGUUAACAGUAUUUUCUCUGUGAAUAAUUAUUAAUUUUUAUUGUGAAUUUAUUUUUGUCAUUAUUUACAAAUGUGUUAUUCUUUGUAUCUAAAUUGAUCUGUUUCUAUUACUGUUGUUGAUCUGUUGUUUUUCUGUUUCAUCUAAAAUGUUCAGCAUGGAAGAUGUUAAGAGUAAAUCUGAAUUUUCCAAUGAUUAUCAGAUUAUGGUCCAAGAGUUACAAAAUGAUUUAGAUGAUUUGAGUUUGAACAAAGAUGCUGUGGAACAAGCCAUUAAUGAACAAUAUCACUCGAUUAAAGCUGCUCUUGACAAAUGCUACAAGCAAAUGUUGGACGAUUUGGGAAGAGUUCAUAAUCAGAAGAGGAUGCAGCUUUGGGGACAAAUUGAUAGAUGUGAAAAAAUUUCAGAGAAAUUGUCAAAUCAUCAUGCUAAUCAAAAUGAUGGGCUUAUUGAAGACUUUGGUGAUGGCCAUGAAAGUAAUGGCCAAAGAAAUGGUACAACUUCAAGUAACGGUAGUGGUAACAGUUUUGUUUCUGGAGGUGAUGGUACCACUUCUAAAGAUGUUAGUGGUAGUGAUUUUUUGACUUGUUCUUUAACGGAUAAAAGCAACAGUUCACCCACUAGUAGCUCUUUCCUCGAUUUCGGCCGUGAGUCCAGUCCGGUUGGUAUUAAUUUAAAGAAUCUGAAAAAUGGUAAAGGUGAUCAAAUCGUCUUCAAUCCAGUUGAUUUAACCAAUGUUGAGCCUGUUUUGAUAUCAAAUCUAUUUGGAAAUCUCAAGGUUAAAGGUUGCAAUGACUCUGACUUAGAGGAUACUCCAUGCUUCCAAUCUAGUGACUUCACAUUCCCAGAUUCUGAUUUAACUACAACUCCACUCCAUGCGACUGCACCAGGUACACCAUCAGCUCGAUCUUUGCCACAUCAUUCCACCUCUAUUCCUAUUGUUGGCUCAGCCCCAAUUCAAUCAUUACGGCGUCGGGGGCCGCCAUCAUUGUCCAAUGAUAACAAUUUAUCAGAUAGUUUACAUGCACAUUCAUUUGGACAUAACAAUACGAUUACCUCUUUACCAGGAGCAUCUCCUGUCUCAUUGCCUCGCUCUGGACCCAUUGCUGUUCCAACAAAUUCCAAUUCUAAUCACUUGGAUCUCAAUGAUUAUAUUACUCGAGUCAACCUGACUAAAUUGGCGCUCUACAAUGAGAACCCAGCAGCCGCUGCUGCGGUAGUUCAGCCUCGUUUAUCCUCAAUCUCAUCAUCGAUCUCAAAUUCUCCCUCACCUCAACCACUGAUCUCUAAUUCCUUAGUGCCUUAUGAAAACUCGAGCCUUGCCUUGGGUGAUAACUCAGUGAACAAUUUGAAUGAAAUGGCCAAAUUUUCAUCCAAUCCAACCAAUGGAAUUGAAAAUCAACCCUCAUCCAACUCUUUUCCUUUCCGUUCUGGAAGUGCUCCCACAACUGGACCCUUAGUCUCUCCCGUGCCUCCCUCUUCUAUCCAUUCAUCUAUAAACCCUAACAAGGGCAAUGUUAUGCAAAUAAGGUGUAAGUUUGGUUCACUUGGUGCUGCCACUGGAUUCUUUUCAUCACCUCAUGGCUUUUGUCUUGGUGUCGAUGAAGAUAUUGUUAUUGCUGAUACCAAUAACCAUCGAAUAUGUGUUUAUAAUAAAAGUGGUGAUUUCAAGUUCCAAUUUGGUGAACAGGGUAAAGAUGAAGGACAACUCUGGUACCCAAGAAAAGUCGCUAUGAUUCGUACACCAUAUCUUGGCAUAGUUACACCUCGUUAUGUUGUUUGUGAUAGAGGAGUUGAAAGAAGCAGAAUGCAAAUUUUCACCUGUAAAGGUCAAUUUAUUCGUAAAAUUGGAGUUCGUUAUAUUGAUAUUGUUGCUGGUUUAGCAAUUACACCGAAAGGAUUAAUCGUUGCUGUUGAUUCAGUUUCUCCAACUGUUUUUGUUAUCGCUGAAUCAGGUGAACUGUUACGUUGGUUUGAUUGUUCACCUUAUAUGAGGGAACCAUCGGACAUCGCUGUUAAUGGUAAAGAAUUUUAUGUUUGUGACUUUAAAGGAAGUUGUGUCGUAGUCUUCGGCGAAGACGGUAAAUUUAAAAGACGAAUUGGUAAAGAGAAAAUUACAGAUUAUCCAAAUGGUAUUGAUUUUUCGGAUGCUGGUGAUAUUCUGGUUGGAGACUCUCAUGGUAAUCGUUUCCAUGUUGUUGUGUUUGACAAAUCUGGUAAUUUUAUCAGCGAAUUUGAGUGUCCCUAUGUUAAAGUUUCCCGUUGCUGUGGUCUCAAGAUCACCUCGGAAGGUUAUAUUGUUACAUUGGCCAAAAAUAAUCAUCACGUUCUCGUUCUCAACACACUUUAUGUAAAUUAAUCUAAAGAUUAUAUCGAAAAGGAUCUAUUAUUAUAUUACCAAAAAACAAAACCCAAAUUCUAUUCCAAAGAAACGGUAACCAAACUAAAAGCGAAACUCUAAAUGAUAAACCAAAACCAAAACCAAAUUAUUGUACAAACACAAAGAAAGAGCUGAAAACUUACAUACAAUUUUAUUUUUAACAAAUAUUAUAUUAUAUAAAAAAUGCUACUUAAUAUUAAUGUAGAAAGAAGCAACAAAAAAAAACAAA